AAUGUCUUGUACAUCUUUUAAUUCGAGAUUUUUGUCAGCUCAUACACGUACUUUUCUUCUCUUUCUGAAGAGUACAUCGUGCUUAAGUUUCUUUUCAAGGUUUUUUAACGAUGAAGAUCUGUUCUUUCUUAACGAAUAUUUUAGUUUAGAUGAAAGCGUUCAAUAUUUAUUUAUAAGAUUAUAUGAACGUAAAAAAGACUGGAUCAAAAAGAGCUCCCUUAUUGAUUAUAAAGAAAUUAUAUUACCUAUUGAAGAAACUUUGGACGUGCUCUUAAAAAAAAAAUUCCUGGAGCUACUUGAUUUUGAUAAUAAUUUUAUUGAUUUUAAAGGAAUUCUCUUUAUGUUAACUUUGAGCGAACUGUUGCUAAUAGCUAAAAGUCAUAAGAUCAAUUUAAAAGGAAAAACUAAAACGAAAGCAAAUGUAAUUGAGUGCAUAGUAAAAACUAGUAGGUUACAAAGGUCCAUUUUAGAAAAUUUCUCUAGGAAAAGGGUUAUUUUAAAAGAUGUUAAGUCGGCUUUAGGUCUGUGCGUUCGAGUUCACUGUAAAGCCCGCUUUUUAAUAGACAGGGUUAUGACUUUUAGCUUUAUGGAUAGAAAAUACAAAGAAACAGAAGUGAGAACAUUGCUGGCUGUAUAUUUUAAUAAAUUAAAAAACACUUCGAAUGAUGUAAAUUUUGCUCUUAACGAGAGCCUCCUGGAAAAAAUAUCUCGAGUAAAAGUACUGCAAAAUUUAUCGAGUGAUUUCCUUUUAAAAAAAGCAUCUGUUAAGCACUUUCAAGUCACUCAUGCAGCAUUAGACGCGCUUCCUCUCAUUUGCGGAAAUUUACCUUAUAAAGAAAAAAUCAUGGAAGAUUCUAUAUUUUCUAAUAAGGGUAAUAAACACAAGCCUGAUAACUUUGAGAGUUGCUAUAUAUCAGAGGUUGACUUGCACUUUAUUGAACUAACGAGAUUGUUUCCGUAUAACGGCAGCUCAAGUAGCAGCAACAGUCAACCUGUUAAUGACUUUUACUGUUCGCAUUACGGACUGUGCCACUACUUAUAUGCUUUGCUUCUUGAACAACAACUUCAGGACCAUCUUGAGAAACAUACUCUUAUUGCUACACCUUUGCCUUUUUAUAAUUUUGUGGAGUUUAUAAAAAAAAGGUUUAGCAUCGAAUGCUCGUCCGGAAGCUCUCAGUUGGAGCAUCUCGACGUCUUUUCUCUUUAUUAUGGUGAUCUUUUUAGCUAUGAUAAAGCUGACGAUAAACAAGCUUUACGGGAAGAGCACUGUGUUGCUGUUAAGCCGCCACACUUGUUUCGACCCACUAAUUUCGGAUUCUUUUGUGCUGGCCAUGUCUACUCAAGGAUUCUCUCGGUUAUUGUCACUCAGCUGGAAAAGCUUAAAAAUUAUCAACUGGCAAAUGAAAUUCUACGACUUCUCUUGUCUCAGUGCCAGUUCGGAUUAAAUUCUCGCGGUCGCUGGUGGGAACGACUGACGGUUAAUUUGCGCACGCAGUCUAGGGAUCUCACGCAGUGCGCUUUGGAAUGCAGAAACGGUUUGGCAGAUCCCCACGUACGUUCUGGCCACCGGAUGUCUCUGGAAGCGAGGCUGAAAAAGAUUACUGUUGGGAAGGGAAAAUCGAAACAAAUGGCUCUCUUAUCACUCCCGGAAUACACUUUACUUGUUGAACCGCCAACAGUAUUUAUUAAAGCUAUGAAGGCCUGGGAUAACGUGCGUGGUUUCAAAAGAUUUUAUAUAGUAGGUCCUGCAAUAGACACCGUUGAAAAUACUGCCCUUGUCCAUUAUGAAAAACAAGGCUGGAACGGCCUACAUUCACAAAACUUACUAUUUAGAACACUUUUUGCUUUAGCCUUGUGGGAUAUAAUAUUUUCAGAAGACUUUGAAGAUUCCUUUGUAUCUCCUUAUCAGAGCUUGCCGCUUGAUUUUUAUUGUGAUACCUUUUAUAAGAAAAGAUCCAUACAAAUUACGAAACGCUUAGAUUAUAUGAAAGAGAUGAAUGUAGCUGAACUUCACUCUUUUUUUAAAAGUUGCUGGCAUCAGCAUUAUGGAAAAUUUUUUCCAGGUAUAAGUUGGGACUUAUUCACAUUAGAGCAACUUUUAUCCAUAGUAGAGGGGCUGGGAACGGACCUGCUUACAGGUGUAAUUAUGAUAUUGGCGAAAGAUUACCGCCAUCGACGCAGUGGGAUGCCCGAUUUAACACUCUGGCAAACCGAUCCUCCUUCUUGCAAGUUUGUAGAAGUAAAGAGUACCAAUGACAGGAUGUCGUGGAAGCAGUGGCUCUGGGCUCACGAUCUACUAAAGUUAGGGGCUGAUUACGAGAUUGGCAGCGUGCAAGGAGGAUACUACUGCGCGAUUUUACCAGCAAAUCUUUCCACGUUUGAUGGCCCAAAUAUAUCCAUUAAACUUCGCUUUCAACAUCCCCUCGUCAUCAGUUAUGUCAAGAUGAGACAUAAACUUAGAGAUAAUUAAUCACGUUAUAUUCAACUAUUGGGCACCUUGAAUUUAAAUGGUACAUCUGUGAGAGUCCUAUCCUACGUUAAGACUUGAAAUGAAGAAUAAAAAAAUUU